CCGCCCAUCCACGUACAACGGAUACAAUUAGCUAUGUGUAGUGGAUCAGCGCGAUGAAUACAUUAAGUCCCUUAACAAGGAAUGGAAAGGCAUGACACAACAACGAAGAUGGCGUGUUGUGGGAACUGUUUCGGCUGCCGACGUUGUAGCGAAGAGGAGACACGCACGCCAGAGGAAUUGACAAUUCUUGGGGAAAUCCGAGAUGAAGAAGAAGAGAUUCUGCCAAGGAAGGACUAUGAGAGCCUGGAUUAUGACCGAUGUAUCAGUGAGCCCUAUAUGGAGCUCUUGGAGGGGAUGGACAACAAGAAAGUCAAAAAGUAUGAAGCGCUACGAUGGAUGAUGGUAUUUGCUAUUGGAGCAUCAGUUGGAUUGGUGGGCCUCUUUGUGGAUUUCUUUGUCCGCUUCUUCACCAAGCUCAAGUUUUCUUUGGUUGGUUACUCUGUUGAGGAGUGCAGUGAGAAAGGUUGCCUCCCUCUUUCUCUACUGGAGCUUCUGGCUUUCAAUAUGACCUUUGUCUUUAUUUCCAGUAUGCUGGUCCUUAUUGAGCCUGUAGCUGCAGGUUCGGGGAUUCCAGAAAUUAAAAGUUACUUGAAUGGAGUGAAGAUUCCUGGAAUUGUACGUUUGCGAACUUUUUUCUGCAAAGCCGUCGGCGUUUUGUUCAGCGUUGCUGGAGGUCUUUUUGUGGGCAAAGAAGGUCCAAUGAUACACAGUGGCGCCAUUUUGGGAGCUGGCCUUCCUCAGUUUCAGAGCAUCACUUUUAAGAGAAUCAAAUUCAACUUUCCCUUCUUCCGAAGUGACAGGGACAAGCGAGACUUUGUGUCAGCUGGUGCUGCUGCAGGGGUCGCUGCUGCCUUCGGCGCUCCCAUUGGGGGCACCCUCUUCAGCCUGGAGGAGGGUUCCUCUUUCUGGAACCAGGCCCUUACUUGGAAAGUGCUCUUUUGCUCAAUGUCAGCAACAUUUACCCUCAACUUCUUCCGAUCUGGUAUAAACUUCAAUAAGUGGGGCUCCUUCCAGCUUCCUGGUUUGCUCAACUUUGGAGAAUUUAAGUGUCCUGAUGGAGAUAAAAACUGCCACCUGUGGACUGCAGUGGACCUUGCCUUUUUUGUCUUAAUGGGCAUAGUGGGUGGACUGCUGGGGGCGCUCUUCAACUGCAUGAACAAGAACCUGGCCAAGUACCGAAUGAGACACAUCCACCCCAAGGCCAAGUUUAUCAGGGUUAUAGAGAGUCUGCUUGUCGCCAUGGUGACGUCAGCGGUCGUUUUUUCCGCUUCCAUGUUGUUGGGUGAAUGCAGAGACUUGUACUCCCCCACCGGUCAUAACACCACUCUUUCUGCGGGCCAGGAUAUCAACUCGACCAUCCGCCAGUACUUCUGCAGCAAUAAGACCUACAAUGAUAUGGCUACACUAUUCUUCAACCCACAGGAAGCUGCCAUCCAUCAGCUUUUCCACCAGGAUGGUACCUUCAGCCCUGUGACUCUCUCUGUGUUCUUCCUACUGUACUUCCUGGUGGCCUGUUGGACGUACGGUGUGUCAGUUCCCAGCGGGCUCUUCGUCCCUUCACUGCUCUGUGGGGCUGCUUUUGGACGUUUGGUUGCCAACAUCCUUAAAGUGAAACUGGGGAUCGAUAUCUAUGCUGGAACUUUUGCCCUGAUUGGAGCUGCUGCAUUCCUCGGAGGAGUGGUCCGGAUGACCAUCAGCUUGACUGUCAUCCUUAUUGAAUCCACAAAUGAAAUCACAUACGGACUCCCCAUCAUGAUCACCCUCAUGGUUGCAAAGUGGACAGGAGAUCUCUUCAAUAAGGGCAUCUAUGACGUUCACAUUCAGCUGAGAGGAGUGCCGCUUCUAGAAUGGGAGACUGAAGUUGAGAUGGACAAGUUGACAGCCAGCGACAUAAUGGAGCCCAACCUGACCUACGUGUACCCCCACACCCGGGUCCAAUCUCUAGUCAGCAUCCUGCGUACCACCAUUUAUCACGCCUUCCCUGUGGUCACAGAAAAUCGGCAGAACGAGCGGGACUUCAUGAAGGGGAACAUCCUAGUCAGCAACAACAUCCACUUCAAGAAAUCCAGCAUUGUGUCACGUGCGAGUGAGCAACGACGGCGUUGCCAAUCGAUGAAGUCGUAUCCCUCCAGCGAGCUGAGGAACGUUUGUGACGAGCAGCGUGCUGUGGUGGAGCCGGCCGAGGAAGGAGAAGAUCUCUUACAACAGAUGUUGGAGAGAAGACAUAUGCCCUACCCCAACCUGUACCCUGACCAGUCUCCCAGUGAGGAGUGGACAAUGGAGGAGCGUUUCAGACCACUCACCUUCCAUGGCCUCAUUCUGCGCUCUCAGCUGGUCAACCUGCUCACGAGAGGCGUCUGUUACGCUGAAAACCAGUCGAGUGCCACUCAGCCCAGAUUGACGUACGCAGAGAUGACAGAAGAUUACCCACGUUACCCUGAUAUCCACGACUUGGACCUCACCCAGCUCAGCCCCCGCAUGAUUGUGGAUGUCACUCCUUACAUGAACCCGUGUCCCUACACGGUGUCACCCAACACCCGCAUCUCACAAGUGUUUAACCUGUUCAGGACAAUGGGCCUGCGACAUUUACCAGUGGUCAACGCAGUUGGAGAAAUUGUGGGGAUUAUCACAAGACAUAAUUUAACCCACGAAUUCCUUGUCGCCAAACUACGACAGCACUACGUUACGAUUUAAUCCGAGCUGACCAUUCCAUGUUAUGUUCAUUCUUGUAUAUUAUUUUCAUUUUUUUAACCGCAAUUGUGUCUUAUCGUUGACUAAUUAUUUGUACACGAAACCUUUGUAUAACCUGUGCAAUGUUUUUUUUAUUUAAUUAUAUUGCUCUGCAAUAUUAAAUGUGUCAAAAAUGAUGCAUUCAUGAUCCUGACACCUUAUUUUGACAUUUACACACUUGUCCCAUAAUAAGGUGUUUUUAAGUUGAUUACUAUUUAAAGUGCACAGAGCUUUAUUUAUAAUUAGGAUUUUUAUUUUAUUUUUUUAUUUUUAUUAUUUAUUUUUUUAUUUUAGAAUUUUUAUUUGCAAUUGAUUUUUAUUUCUUUUUGCAUCUUUUUUUCUUUCUUUUUUUUCCCUUGGUACUUCACUGAAAAAUGUUACAAGCGCCGAUCUACUGGAUCAACAUUUAAUGUCAAAUUUUGUACCAAUGUUGAAAUUGUUUCCAUAGUUACAAUGGACUAUGAUCACCAGAUUGUUGCGAUGGGAGGGUGUGCACUUCACCUUAACGGUCUGCAGUGACAUACUAAAUGUAACUUGACAUUGCAUUGUCACCGUGUGUCACUGUGUGUCGCUGCAACUCACAUUAAUAUCUCCCUUCUUCUGCUUGUCAUUUGCAUUCACCCAACUGUAAUGAAUGGAUGAAUCACAGCCACGUUUCCCCUCAUGAAUAACGUCAAACGUCUCACUUUGUUUGGACUGGUUGGAAUCAAGCAUCUUAUGAUAUUACCUUUUUAGUCACGGUCUGUCCAUCCAAGCGUCGUUCUGGUUGAUUAUAUUUUUAGCUGGCAGCACAGUGGUGCAUGGGAUUUGCACAUAUGCCUCACAGUCAGUAGGUGUGAAUUUUACUUUGAAUUGGAGACGGUUGAAGUUGAAGACACUUUUUCUCAAACAAUGAACUAUGGAAAAUAUGUUUUUAUUAGUAUUUUUUGUCUCGGACCACAUGCAGUAACAGGGUGUUGU